AUGCCCCUUGGGAUCCAUAACCCCCUCCCGUCUUCUCUGAGCAGUGAAUGCAAGAAGGCGGCAAAGAUUCUGACUUCCUUCGUGGACCCAAAGCAGGCCUUUGGUCCAGAUAAGGUCAUUCCGCCCGACGUUCUGGCUGGCGCAAAGGGCCUUGCCAUCCUCACAGUCCUCAAGGCCGGAUUCAUUGGAUCCGGUCGAUUCGGUUCCGGUAUCGUUGUCGCCCGCCUUGGUGAUGGCAGUUGGUCAGCUCCCUCCGCUAUCGCAACCGCGGGUGCCGGUGUCGGUGGCCAAAUUGGUUUUGAAUUGACCGACUUCGUCUUCAUUCUCAACGACGCCGCUGCCGUUCGCACAUUCUCCCAAGUCGGAACCCUCACACUCGGUGGCAAUGUCUCUCUCGCGGCCGGACCGGUCGGUCGAAACGCUGAAGCUGCCGGUGCCGCGAGCACCAAGGGUGUUGCGGCCAUCUUUUCAUACUCGAAGACCAAGGGUCUUUUCGCCGGUGUCAGUUUGGAAGGUAGCAUGCUUGUUGAGCGCAAGGAUGCCAAUCAGAAGAUGUACCAGAGUCGAGUCUCUGCGGGCCAGCUACUGUCAGGAACUGUUCGACCGCCGCCGUCUACCGACGCGCUGAUGCAUGUUCUGAGCUCGCGCGCCUUCUAUGGUGGUCGUGGUGGACCCAAUGGUGCUAGUUCCGGAGGAGGGGACUCGAUGUACAACGAUAUUCCAGUUUACGAUGAUAGCCACGACGAUGUGGUUUGGGAAGGACGCCGCGGAGAGGCCUAUGGCCAGGGGACACGAAGGGAACGCUCGAAUACCCAGGAUGAAGGAUAUGACUACCGCGACAAGCCGCGCCGAGCUAAUACCUGGGCCGACGAUGUGUAUGAUCGACCGGCUGGAGGCCUGGGUCGGUCUGCGACCACGCGAGAAGCGCAGAAUGAUACAUACGGACGCAGCCGCAGCAACACCGCGCCUUAUGAUGAUGAUUAUUCCUACUCGGAUCGCAGACCGACUCGACCGACCGCGCCCAAGCCGGUCUUUGGCCAAAAAACGGGCCAGGGCGCUGGGCUGCGCGCGGACCAGGUUGUUGCGCUGUACACCUUUGAUGCGGACCAAGAUGGUGAUCUUGGCUUCAAAAAGGGUGAAGUGAUCACGAUCCUCAAACGGACAGAGAAGGCGGAGGAUUGGUGGACUGGUCGGAUCGGCGACCGUGUGGGCAUUUUCCCUAGUAACUACGUCGACACAUCAUCCUAG